GGGCACAAAGAAGAACAACAAGAGCCACCAGUCAAAACAAAGAGGAAAGCCAAAACUGCAGCGCGAGCACAGCUGAUCUUCGACCGAGAAGCAAUUCUUUGUCGAACUGACAGGCUCAUACUACAACUUAGUGUUACACUCCACAGCGAUCUACAGUAGGUCUUACCAUGAGGUGCUGUGCUUUAUUUCUACUGUUUUUGGGGAUACAUGUGCAGGAUGGAUGGAGCAUUCCCCUCAAGUCUGUGAUGGUCAAAUUCCCUGGAGAUGUCCUCAAAAACAUGACUGACAUGGAACUGGCAGAAAGUUACCUGCAGAGGUUUGGUUACAUGAAAACCCUGCACCGCAGUGGCUUUCAGUCCAUGGUGUCCACCGCCAAGGCUUUGAAGAGGAUGCAGAGGCAGAUGGGGCUGGAGGAGACAGGACAGCUGGACAAGCCCACCCUAGAAGCCAUGAGACAUCCUCGCUGUGGGGUUCCUGAUGUACGCGACUACAAGACCUUUGAGGGUGACCUCAAAUGGGAUCAUAAUGACAUCACUUACAGGAUUAUGAACUAUUCCCCCGACAUGGAGGCCUCUCUCAUUGAUGAUGCCUUUGCCAGAGCGUUCAAGGUGUGGAGUGAUGUGACGCCUCUAAAAUUCACCCGCCUCUUUGAUGGGACUGCUGACAUCAUGAUAUCGUUCGGAAGAGCCGAUCAUGGAGACCCAUACCCAUUUGAUGGUAAAGAUGGACUCCUGGCCCAUGCGUAUCCCCCUGGUGAGGGGAUGCAGGGAGAUGCCCACUUUGAUGAAGAUGAGUUCUGGACUUUGGGAAAAGGACCAGUUGUGAAGACUCGCUAUGGAAACGCAGAGGGUGCCCUGUGCCAGUUCCCCUUCAUAUUUGAGGGCAAGUCUUACAGCAGCUGUACCACCGAGGGGCGCAGCGACAACCUGCCAUGGUGUGCCACUACUGACAACUUCGAUAAGGACAAGAAAUACGGCUUCUGCCCCAGUGAAUUGCUGUACACAUUUGGAGGAAACAGUGAUGGAGCUGAGUGCGUCUUCCCCUUUGUGUUUGAUGGGGACACAUAUGAAAGCUGUACCACAGAGGGCCGUUCCGAUGGCUACCGCUGGUGCGCCACCACAUCCAACUUUGACAAGGACAAGAAAUAUGGCUUCUGUCCCAGUCGAGACAUGGCUGUAACUGGUGGAAACUCUGAGGGAGAGCCCUGCCACUUCCCCUUUGUGUUCCUGGGUAAGAAGUACAACUCCUGCACUAGCGAGGGACGAGGAGAUGGCAAACUGUGGUGCAGCACUACUGACGACUACGAUGACGACAAGAAAUGGGGUUUCUGUCCUGAUAAAGGUUACAGUCUGUUCCUGGUGGCAGCUCAUGAGUUUGGACAUGCCCUCGGCCUGGACCACUCGAACAUCCGAGAGGCCCUCAUGUACCCCAUGUACAGCUAUGUGGAGAAGUUCUCUUUGCAUGAGGACGAUGUCGAAGGCAUCCAAUAUCUCUACGGACGAGGAACAGGCCCUAAUCCCACUCCUCCUGAGCCCACUGCCACCGCCUCCACCACCACAGAUACCUACUCCCCAACCACUACAGCUUCCACCACGGAGCCCACCUCCACUGCCACCACACGGCCUGUAGAUCCAAGCAAAGAUGCCUGCAAGGUGUCCAAAUUUGACUCCAUAACCGUGAUUGACGGAGAACUGCAUUUCUUUGAGGACGGACUUUACUGGAAGAUGUCCAGCAAGAACAAUGGAGGGCUCAAGGGGCCAUUUUCUGUGUCUGAGAGGUGGCCCGCUCUGCCAGAGGACAUCGACACUGCCUUUGAGGACCUCCUGACCAAGAAACUCUACUUCUUCUCAGGCACUCGAUUUUGGGUGUACACGGGACAGAGUGUGCUGGGACCCCGCAGCAUAGAAAAGCUCGGCCUGCCCAGCAGUGUUGAGAAGGUGGAGGGAGCGCUGCAGAGAGGGAAAGGAAAAGUCCUGCUCUUCAGCGGGGAGAACUUCUGGAGGCUGGACGUGAAGGCCCAGAAAAUUGACCGAGGAUACCCCAAAUACACAGACGUGGUCUUCGGUGGCAUCCCCAAUGACGCCCACGAUGUGUUCCAGUACAAAGGUCACAUGUACUUCUGCCGGGAUCGCUUCUACUGGCGUAUGAAUUCCCGGAGGCAGGUGGACCGUGUUGGCUAUGUGAAGUACGACAUCCUCAAGUGCUCAGACUCCUCUGGGUAUCACUACUGAGAAGGAGAGCAGCACACCAUCACUGGCCGGACAACCUGACAUUUCUCUCUCCUGUGCAGGAGACAAGGAGAAUGUGAUGCAACAGGCUAUUUGUGUACAGCACUUGUAUAAUUUGUGUGUGCUUUCUGGGAUGUGAAUUAUUGGCCACCAUUCAUGCAGGCAUAUUUAAAAAAAAAAAAAAAGAUAGACACUCAAUGGCUCACUUCAGCACAGCUAAGUGUGGCAUGUGGCAUUGCCUCGCCAUCAGUCUGAUAAUCUGUGAACAGGUUUUGUGGCCUCAAAUGUUUUCACACAACCACAGCUGACACAGGCUACUUUCCAAAGCGUUAUCUGCAUCAGAUCUGAUUCCAUAUUUGCUACGAAAAUCAUUUGUCUAUGUCUGACAGGCUCAGACCACAACAGUAUUGAAUUAGUCUGGUAUUUAUAGCGGUAUCUAAUAUUAUUAUUAUUAUUAUUUUAUUUUAUUUUAUUUUUUUUGCUUGUUUGUUUUCUAUGUGUGUGUAUUUCUGAAAAGGGCUUUAAGGCCAAAUACUUGCACUGGAUGCAUUGCAUGUCUCCUUCACUGAAAUAAUUUAUAAAAUGAUAUGUUUUGUAAUAAAAUUAAAUUUUAAAUUCAAUAAACAUUCUGUGAGAACUGCC